CAAUGGAGGUGGAGAAAGAGACCGUCAGACAGAGCGAGCGAGCGAGUGAGCGAGGCAGAGAGAGGCAGAGAGUGAGUUGUGCAAUGCUGCCUGUGAAGUUACUUUCGCUUUCAGUCACCCAGCGUGAGCGUGAGGAGUGAGCUCUGAGGAGAGAGCUGUGUCAGAGAAAGAGACGAAAUAGAAAAGAGCACACGGCACAGAGCCUGAAAGCGGACACCACCGAGGGAAGAGGCAGUUCUAGGGGUCUUGUCAGGAAGGACAGCACGUGGGGGUCCCAAAAACCAAGAAAUAAAGGAGAAGGAUAGGGAGGGUGAGAACAGUUGGAACCACCACAGAAGUGGGGAAAUGUGCUGAUAAGCCCUGGUGUUUAUUCAACCCUGGAGACACGGAGACCUGAGGAGAUGAUCUACAAAGUUUUUCUCCUGUCCUUGCUGCUUGUGGUCGAGAUCAGAGGAAAGGACCACCAGUCAGUAAGAGGGCUGCAGAAGAACAUCAAUGCCGAGAUACCUGUCUUUCGAACGAUUUUUCCCAAGGAUUACCAAACUGUUCACCACUACAGUGACAGCUUGUUGUGCUCUGGAGAUGAGGCUCGGUGUUGUUUGCUGCGUGCCAUCUACCUUCUCAGCACUGACUGGAGGACUGUACUUUCAAAUCUCUGGCCGGAGCACACACAAGUGUCAUUCAUUACUAUUAUUUCGAGGGACCUUGAAAAGAUCAGCAAAGAGUACUUCAUUGAAGAUGACCUGGACCCACAUGAGUUCACCUCCAGUUCUUCCAGCGUGGAAAACCUGAUGAACGUUUCCCACCACCUCUUGGAUCUCUGGCUCAAUAUGACAAAAGACACUAGCCGGAAUUGCCACUUUUAUAACAACGAAGAAAAUCAGCUUCAUCAUUCAACUAUUCUUCCCCGUUCAAAGGAGCAUAUGAAUAGCAUGCAGUCCAGGCAUGGGAAGAGAUGGGACUCUCCUCCAGUUGCAGGGAAGGCAACGGACUUGACAAAGAGACUUGAAAUUGUAAUCAUGCUGGUUUCAGCAGUGCUGUCUGGCACAAUACUGGUACACUGACUGCAGCCAAAACGCGGGAGGUUUCGCCCAACAGCUGGUCUGUGGUGACUCCCCCUCACGGCACUUUAGAGAGACCACAUUGUUUGACAAGCACUUUGCAUGGCCUUAGAAGAGUUGCAUCAAAUGAAACUGGAGUGAACAUCAUCUUACCAUGGAGGUCUCAGCUCUGCUCACCCUUGCAAGCUGUACAGAUAAAGCUUAAGCAGCUCCAUGGCACUUAUUAACAACGGAGUGGCAUCUUCUUUAAUAUUUUAGCCAGCAAGCUCCUUCGGACUAUUGGGUUGGUGGUGAUCUUCUGUGUUACUGUCGGAGACAUCAUCUCGGUACUAAAACAAGUUCAUGUGUUUCUGCCUUGAUGAAGGUGGAUUAUGCAUUUACUGCAAUGGGAAUUGAUAAAUAGAUGGUAAGGGAGAUAAUAUAUCCCACCAUCAAGUUCAAAAUCAAAUGUGAUCAGUUUCCAGAGGCCGGCAGCCACUUGAUACUACAGACUGCACUAUUUUAGUAUUUGCUUCCGUUCUGGAAGCCUUUGAUUGUUACACUUGUCACAUUGACUUGUCUUAUUGAUUAUUUUUUUUUUAUAUAUUAGACGCCUGUCGGUAUACAGUACCUUACAGUGUAUUGGCUCAAACAGACUAGUGGUUCUCAGGAAACCUGUAGUUACGCCAACUGAUCGAUUUAUCUUCCUGUUUCUCACCCUCACCCUCAGAUCUGUCUCAGUGUUUCUCAUUCUCCUGUAGACUUGUCUUUUUAAUUUUAGGCAGCAUUUUAAUCCAGUCCCUGCCUUGCACCCUUGUGUUGGCUGGGAUUGGCUCCCAGCAGACCCCCGUGAGGAUAUAGCGGGUUGGGUAAUGGAUGGAUGGAUUUUAAUCCAGCUUCAUUUACUGAGUCCUGGAAGCCUUUCGCUCCUCUGUCUGAUAUUACGGUCAGACUCGGAUCGAUGUUUCUCAAAAUCCGGAAGUUUUAAGCUCCGAGUGAGUCAACAGUCUUACUGUCUCUCAGAUGCCUUUAGUUUCAUAGUCUUGUGGGUUGCGAUCCUACAGUUAAUCCAUCCCAUCGACUGAUUUCAUUGAUUUCUACAAGGGUGUAGCCUCGCCAUUCCAAAGAGUGGUUACUCAGAAGCCUGUAGGUACCCCAACCCACACACUCUUCUUCUGAAUUUGAUGCUUGGGGGCUUACCGUUUUCUUGAACAUUGAUUCUCAGAAGCCUGUAACCACACCAUGCAACAAUCUGAUAUCAUUGAUUCUUAGAUGCCUGUAGGCCCAAAGUCCAAUUGGCUCUGCACAUUGAUUAUCUGAAGCCAUUCCAUAGACUGGAUACAUUGGUAGUCUGCAGCGUGUGCUUUGGACUCAUCAUAUUGAUUUAUUGAACUUUAGACAUCUGUAGCUUUUGUUUCCCCUGGACAUUGACUGUCGGAUGCCAUAAGCUCAUCCUUCCAUAGUUUGGGCACACAAAUUGUCUAAAUCUAUGAGGCCCUCUGUCCCAUAGACUGGACAUAUUGGCUCUCUGAUGUCUGUAGGCCCACUGCCCCACAGACUGGGCGUGCUGGUUCACAGAAGCAUUUAGACAGACCAUCCAAGACACUCUUCUUCCUGAUAAUUGAAUUUUAGACAACUGUAGCUCUAGUCUUCCUUGCGCUGGACACAGUGGUCCUCUGAAGACUGUAGAAUUAGAGUUACAUGUUCCUAUCACAUACCCUUUUUUCUGUUUUGUGAUUCCCUCUCACAUUUUAGGUCUCCUAAUUUGUUGUCCACAAUGUAAGCUGUCUUGUUUAGCCCAGUCAAGCCUCAGUGUUAUUAGACAUCUGUUGCUUUAGUCAGUCAUUGGUCCUCUAAUGCCUGAAGACACACCAUCCCAUAGGCCCAUCUUAUUGAUUUUCUGAUCAUUCAGAGCCUUUAGUUCUGGUCUCCUCAGGACUGAGCUAAUUGGUUCCCUUUAGCCUGUAGGUCCACCUUCCCAUACACUGGCCAUAUGAGUUCUCAGAAGCUUGUAGGACCCCCUUCCCUUUAGUCUGGACACAUUGAUCGUCUGAAGCCUGGAGCCUCACCAGCCCAUAGACUUGUCAUGUUGAUUGUUAGACAUGUUGCACAGACUAGGCCCAUUGGUUUUCCCUUCCAUAUAGGCAGACCCUCCUAGAAGCUCAUCAUAUUGCUCAUUGGACAUCUUAACCUCUGGAUGGGUUCACUGGUUCUCCAAAGCCCGUAGGCCACAUUGCUUGUCUGAAGCCACUCCAUCCCAUAGACCCAUCUUAUUAUUUAUUGAUGAUUUGAACCCUUUAGCUCUAGUGUCCACUGGGUGGACUCGCUGGUUUCCUGAAGCCUGUUGGUCUGCUAUCAUAUAGACUCUCCUCACUGCUUCUCUUAAGCGUCUAGCCCCUCCGUCCCAUGGGCUCAGCUUAUUGAUUAUUGAUUAUUUGUGACCUUUAGCUUUAAUCUUCUUUGUUGUGGGCUCACUUGUUCACAGGGGUGAACCUACAACUUCCCAUAGAUUAGUCAAAUCUUCUAAGACUACGCGUUUCUUUCUUCUGGGCAGGACUCUCAUAUUUCUUUACCUUUAAGGGCACCGAGCGGUGAUAUUCUCAAUUUUACUUGCUUAAUGCCUGCGGGAUUUAAUUUUUGGCUCAGUUUCACAUACUUUAAAUUGUAUUUAACAGCGAGAUUGCCAGUACAAGUCUGGGGCGCUUCUGUCUAAUGACAUUCUUUUCAGUUGAUUAGGCAAACACACUAGAAAAACAUCUCUUAAUAAUAUUCUAAGAAAGAGUCGCGAUUUAAAAUAAAAGCAGGUGGUCUAGAAGCGUCACCUGCUCAUCUCCUUUACACGUCCAUUAGAGUCAUAUGCCGUUGUUCAUCUGCAUUUACACCAUUCUGUAUGUGCUACUUGUUUUAAAUGCUGUGCAUUUGUGAAAUUGCAUCGUUUGCUGUGUUGUUAAUAUUAAAAAGGGGCAUUUUGUGUCAAUUUGUAUUAAAUUUCUCCUAGUAAAACACA